AUGGGGAACCAGCUGAAUCCAGUCAUUGAAGCUAUGAAGGCUAUGAAGAUCCUGGUGAAACUGGUCUCGCUAGCUGCUGGCACCAGUGGCAUUCCAAAGUAUUUGUUGGAUGAAGGUUUCACUGGCUCUGUGGCAAUCAUUGAGACGCCCAACAGUGGCCGAGGCUUGGUGGCUGCUAGGGAUCUUGUGACUGGGGAUGAGGUGCUGAGUGUUCCCCUGCAACAUCUCGUCUCGCUGGACACGCUGGACACGCUGGACACGCAGCCGCAGAUUGCUUCGGACCUUCCAGCGGCAGAUGCUUUGGCCUUAAUCCUGGCAUACUCCCGACAUUCGGAGACCUUCUUGAUCAACCAGCUGUUGCCCCAAGAGGUGACGCAUCCAUUGUUUUUUGGGCCAAAGGACUGGGAAGUUGCGGAGUCUUUGGUUUCAGCCAAGCUUUUCAGGUCCCUCCACCAUGAAUUUUCGGAGUCUUGGCAGCGCGUGCAGGGGCUUCAAUUGGAGGAGGAGGACUUUCGAUGGGCUCAUGCCAUUCUGCGCAGCAGGGGCCAUGCCAUUCGUUUGAAAACGACUGCAGGUGUGUGGCAGACAAGUUGGGGCUUGGUACCCUUAGCCGACCUGCUAAACAUGGGCGAUGAUCAAACUGCCAAUGUGGACUGCGGAACACGAUAUCUCAGCAACAACUGGGGCUUAAAUAGCACCUUUAGGUGCACUGUCCGCCGUGAUGUGCUGAAAAACGAAGUGCUGUUGACAGAAUACAUUUCAAAGACUGAGCACCGAACUGGUGCAGUACUCCUCCGAGAAUAUGGCUUCGUCCCAGCAGUGGCAGAUGGGCUCAGCUUUCUUCCAAGAAGCUGCGAGAAGCUGCACUGCGCUGUGCACAUUCGAGAGAUGGGACAGUUGGAACGCCAUGUAGCUGAUCCAGAGGCUUUUCUUGCAGAAGCUUUGCUGAACAACUCCCUCCUUCCCAUUGACAACUCUACCAAUGAGGCUCUAAAACUCUUGGCCUGGCAUGAGGGCAAUCUGCUACUUGAUCUGUCCAGACAGCACAAGCAAAGCAAGCUGCCAAAGGUCUUCUAUGAUUCCUGGCGCUCUCGUGCUGGUGUCCCCGAGGCCCCAGGGGCCCCAGCUUCAAAGUCGUCGGAGUUGCUGAGACUCCUCAGAGAUCCGGAGAUUUUGCACACGAUCGCAUGGGACCAAGCACUUUGGGAUGCUGGCAAACUUUUAUUGUCAGACUGGGAUGACGCUUUAGCCACUGAGUUACUUUUGAGCCACCACGACUUUCCUCCAGAACUGGAACUUUUGUUUCGACUUCGCCGACAUGAGCUGCUGGCGAGGUCUGUUGAAGUGGAAGAUCGGCUGUCUCUUCAACCGUUGUAUUGUGCAUUUGCCACCCAAGCCUUACUGAACGACCACGCAUGGCCGCUCAACGAUGCCGAGAAGGAGGUGCUGAAGGUGGCCCCCAAGCUGGCAUGA